AUGAAGUUGUCACUAGACCGGCUUGGGAAGUCUGACGAGACGCUAGAAGGCUUUGAGGGGGGGCGAAGAAGGAGCUUGUGUGGCGACGACGGCCGUGAUCGCGGUCACCAAACGACUUCCACCGGCAGUGUUGCUUUAUUCAAAGCGUUCGACGAUGGCGACAUGUCCGCCUUCCUCUCGGCUUGGGCGGCGUUCAUUCCAAAGACUUUGCGACGCGGGACGCCAUCCUCCCUGGCGCGAGAAGUCCGAGUGGUGGAGUUUUUGGCCUGCGUGCACUGUGCGGUGUUGCCGUUUCGAGCCACCGCUCUGGCGAAAGCGGCGGGGCCGAGGGAGGCAAGCGUGGCCUGUGCGAAGGUGAUGGUGUUCUUGACCUGCAAGCGCCAUCACAAGGAGCCACUUGUUCGCUGUCACCGUGGCCCCCGGAUGUUCAGUCUGUUUUGUUUCAACGCGGCCACCUAUUGCUCCAUGUUUGGGCUGGAUUCUCAGUCCAUGUCAUCGUUCAGGAGAUACCUCGACCGCGCGCAAGACGUUCCUCGUGUGCCCGACUUGUCGGGCUACUACGCCCUUCCCCACGUGCCCGACCCGUCCGUUCACCCGUCGUUCGAGGCUCUGUUCGAAGAAACUUGGGCGGCUAGUCUCAAAACGAAAAUCGAGAAUUUGAUGGACGCGGUCAACCUCUGGCGCCGCUCGGACCCGCUGCUCGUGAGGCUCCUACUUCGCCCGGUUGAGGGUGCCACACACGCCGCCGACAACGAACGCGGCCCCCGCUUCCCGUCAUGUGACGAUUUCAGCACCACUGGCAGCACUUUCUCCGAUGCGCCCGGGGUACCAAAAUCAAGGACCCUCAACGACAGCGGCAACGGGGGGUGCCCACCACGGAUGGCGGGUGAGAGCAAACUAGCGCCCUCGCACAGCAACGCAGUGGUCGGAAGGCCCUCGUACGAUAGACCAUACGAAGUUGUUGGUCAAAAACACCAGAGCGAGCGGGAAUCAAGCAAGAACAAGAUUGGCAGCGGUGUUGGUUGUGGACAAGUCAGUGGCGGCUCCGUCCGGGGAAGUCCUGAAGCACCAGGGGGGGUCCAGCAGCAACGGCAGCGCCAGCCGCUACUAAGGUCCGACUCUGACAGGGCUAUCUUGGGGCGCGUUGACUACGGCGCUGUCAAGCGCGACCUAAGGAGACUGGCCGAGGAGGUUUCCGAGGGGAAGGUCGACCUACGUCGUAAUCCAGGGGUGUCAUCUGCAGGCAGUGUCAACAAGGAUGCCGCCACGGCCGCCAUCAACGCAGCUUUGGUUUUACAGACCGUUCGUUGGCGUUUCUCUCGCGCUCCGCCCGGAAAGAGUCGACGUGGGGUACUGUAUCACAUCAUCCGAAACGACAUCUUCGACUUGCGCUCGACCGAAGUGGGCGUCAAAGACAGCGCGAAGCGGGUGUCGUUGGGACCAAAGGAAGAAAACCUGAGGUGGGAAGAGUUCGGCGGGGACCCCGGACGACUGGUGGCCGACUACACGGUCAGGUUGCUGAGUGCGCUCGUUUCCAUGAGCAAAGCUCGUUCCUAUAUGUUGGGCGAGGUGAGGAACGAGGAACUGUCAUAUUCAGACUUGUCGCGCGGCCAUCUAUCUCCAUGCGCAAUCAGCGCACUCCUUGUUGUUUUUCAGAGAGCCGCAAGACCACGAGAAGAACUUGAAAUCCCCCUCCCGUGGCCAAGAGUACCGGCCGGGGUCGGGAGAUGGUACGGAAAGCGGACAUCUCAAAUGUGGCCACACGCCGUUGACGAAAAGCUGCGGGGGUGCGGCCCCCUGUGUGAGGAGACGAUCGAAACUCUGGUUGAAUUGCUGAGUGGAGAGAAGUACCAGAAAACGAGCCUAGCCAAACGACUGCUCGGAGUCUUGGAGCGGCUGUCCAGGCGACGGUCCGCGCAGGAGGCCAUCGCCUCCUCGAGCUUCGUCGAUUGGGCCGCAAAGAUGCUGGAGUCGUGCUCCUUUCAAGGAGCGGGGACUCGACACCCCUGUCCCCUGUUCGUGCUGCGCGUGACUGACAUCCUCGGGAAUGUCUCUGGGAGGGUUUCGGGAAGGACUGCGGCGUUGGCGGCAAGUCCCGAUUUGCUUAGGUCUUUCGGGAACUUACUCGAGCACGACGACGCCCAAGUGAGAGCGAGUGCGGUCCGCGGCCUCAAGCUGCUUCUAGGGGCCCGCGAGGCGAGGGAGAGAGCCCUUGAAAUGGGCAUGGACGCUCUCUUGCAAAACCUUGGAUCGUGCGAAGGGAGCGACAAUAGUGAUUCCGCCUUCGAGCACAACAUACAGGUGAAACGCGAACAAGUUAUCGACACCGUAGGAGGCGGAGGGAUUUUAUGGGCCGUAAACGGUAUCCAUGCAGAAGUCACUGGUGGAGGGCAAGAGGAUGCGGGGGACUCCGACUUCCUAUCCGACGAAGAGUCAGGAGAGGCCCCCGUCGUGUCCCACUACGUGCAGGUCACGAAUGCACCUUGUGGAGAGAAACUCCUUCGGGAGCGCUACCGGCUCUCUACGGCGGAGGCGAAAGAGGAAGCCAUCGCCUGCUCUUCGGGCGGCGCGACGUGGGGAGGGGAAGAGGAGGAGCUCGUUUGCGGCGGGAUUAGGACGAAACCUCCCGCAUGGUGA